AUGUAUGUGGGAUACCUUCUGGAUAAAGAAAGCGGCAUGUAUCACCAGGGGCCAGUCAGAAGAUCGAGCAUCAAUCUACCUCCACAGAACUUUGUUUCCACACCACAGUACCCCGACUUUACCGGAUACCAUCAUGUGCCAAACAUGGACACGCACGCACAGUCUACGGGAAGCUGGGGACCUACGUAUGGAGCUCCACGAGAGGACUGGGGUGCAUACAGUCUGGGACCCCCUAAUACUAUUCCUACAACCAUGAACAACUCCUCUCCUGCACAGGUUCCCUACUGCUCCUCAGAGUACUCGCAUAUGCAUCCUCCAGGCUCUGCGGUAUUACAGCCGCCGCCCGAGAAUGUUACUGUUGCACAACUUUCUCCUGAUAGAGAAAGACGCAAUUCAUUCCAGUGGAUGAGCAAAACUGCACAAUCAUCUUCCACGGGUAAAACCAGGACGAAGGAGAAGUACAGGGUAGUCUAUACAGAUCAUCAGAGGCUGGAGCUGGAGAAGGAGUUUCAUUUCAACAGAUACAUCACAAUCAGGAGGAAAUCUGAACUGGCUGUUAACCUCGGCCUUUCUGAAAGACAGGUGAAGAUCUGGUUCCAGAACCGCAGGGCUAAAGAGCGGAAGAUGAUCAAGAAGAAGCUGGGUCAGUCCGACGGCAGCGGGGGCUCGGUGCAUAGUGACCCCGGCUCAGUGAGCCCUCUGCCGGUGCAGGGCUCUCUUUCUCCCUCAGACAUCCAUGGCUCUCUGUACCCUCCUCAGGGCAUGAACACGUUGCCAUCUAUCAGGAAUAUACAGCAGGUGACAGUGACUCAGUGA